UCAGGUGGAGGAUUUCCUGAACCCAAGCACAGAAAUUAAGAGUUUUGAUGUAUGUAUAGAUAAAGGAACAUUUGGUGCCAUUAGUUUGAGUCUUUACGACAGAGAGGAAGCCAAAAUACACUAUGUGGCCUCUUUAAGAACUGUUAUGCAGCCAGAGGGUUUCUUCUUCAUCACCUCUUGCAACUGGACCAAAGAGCAGCUGCUGCAGAUCUUCAGACUUGGCUUUGAGCUGGUACACAAACUGCCCACCCCUCGCUUCCAGUUUGGUGGUGUGACUGGUAACAGUGUGACAGCUUUGGUAUUAAAACGCAUUGAGUGAUUUUUUUUUUUUUUUUCGGAAAACCCCUCACUUUCAUUGUUCUUUUUUUUUUUUUAAUAAAACUUCUGUUUUUGCGAUUGUUACAAUAUGUAAUGUCAGUUUUGAAAUGUUUAUAAUUAUUUUGAAAAUUUUUCAUCGCCUAAAUUAGAAUUAUUUCUUGUGUCACAACUGUUUUUAAUAUGUUUUCUGUAAUGUCAAGGUAAUGUAUAAUAACAAAGCAGGGUACAGUGGGGCUAAAUGCACACCUUAAGGAAUUGUUUUUCUUUUUUUUAGUCACAAAGUGUA